AUGUCGCGACUCAUGCUGGCGCGACUGGUUGGGGAGGACGACAGUGGUAUGUUUGACAUGAUGGAUCUUCUCCAGACGCUUGAUUUGAGUCACGAGAGAAGCGGCUACCGAGAGUACAAGCAGGAAGAUCGUCCAAACAAGUGCGUUUGCAACAAGCAGACGACGAACGCGCAUGAUUGCAAAGUGUUUGGUACGUUCAGGUGCUCCAAGUGCCACAACUCGUGGUCAUCCGGCAAUUCUUGGUAUGAUUGGCGGCGGCAGCGCCUCUUGACGCAAGAAUGCAAGAGCUGCAACACACCCAACAUGCCGGUCACGUACCACCGCCUGAGGAUCUCCCAGAGCGAACGAGAGGGUCCGCCGCACCGCCGAGAUCUUUGCGCCAAAUGCAAGCAGCUGGGCGUAGAUUGUUCAAAGCUGAGGCACUCUCGACCUCUGCGCAUUGGUCGGCGGUAG